AUGAUUUACGGUAACAACGGGGAACUACAGGAUGUCCGACGCCUGACUCCUUACUCAGCCGAGGCAACAAUAGAGGAAAUGCAACGGAAAUACAGGGAGGAUGGCGUAUUAUGGGUGAAAAAUCUUCUCGACCCGAACAUGAUCAACAAAUUUCGCGGAGAGUAUCUUGCCAUGAUCAACGAGGGUAGCGGCAUGCUCAAGGAUGGAACUGAUAGCCGAGAUGGAAUAUUCAACCCUGACGCGGACUGGCGUCAAUUCCUUCUCGGCGGGGUGCGAGUUGCGGCUGGCAUUCCGAACGAUGGUCCAUUUGUCGAAAAGGCCAAUCACGCACACCAGUGGAAACCGUACGUUGACUUUAAGAGAAACAUUAGCCGACAAUUAGAGCCCUUUAUCUUCCUCCGGGCUGGCCCACCAACCAGCGUGACAGCCUGGGUUCCCCUAGGCGAUGUGGAACUGGAAGGUGGUGGGCUGAUCUAUCUUGACCGGUCUCACGAUAUAGGUGUACAGUAUGAAGAAGCCUUCUCAGAGAAGAACUCAGGACUCUCCGAUAUGGAGAAGGUGUCAGCUUUGAACCAAAAUAUGAUGAGGGGCGGUUGGCUGAAUAGAGAUGCCGCUCGAUUUGGGGAAGGACACAAACGCGCUUGGCUUGUGGGAAAUUAUGAGGCAGGCAAUGUCAUUUUCCAUACGCCUUACACCGUCCAUGCUGGUGCUCAGAACAGAUCGCCAACAGGCCGAAUUCGAGCCUCUACAGAUCUCAGGUUUGUGGACAAGACUAAACCUUACGACAAACGAUGGGAAGUUGUUGCUUUCUCGGAAAAUGAUGAGAACGUUGCCCGGUAG